AUGCGUUUCGGAGGAUCACCUAAGCGCGUCCACUACCGACCGGACUUCGCGAAUCUACAAAACCCUGCGAUUUUAACCAAGUACCAAGCCUCACUGUCAACCUUGCUUGGCUCAACUAUUGACGGUGAACUCGAUUCGCAGUGGGCGCACAUCAAAGAUGCUUUAGUUUCCGCCAGUAUCGACACUUGUGGCGUUACCCGUCACCCACUGAAGCAUUGGAUUUUCGCCGACUCCUUGUCGCUGAUGGACAGACGCCGCUUGCUCCCAUCGGAUUCCAGACACAGUGAAGAACGCCAGUACCUUGGUCGAGAGUUGCGCAGGAGUCUGCAAAUGGACCGCGAAGCUUGGUGGUGUGAACGUGCUAGGGAGAUGGAGCUUGCUAGUCUCUCUGGUAAUACCAGCAAACUCUUCCAUCUCAUUCGAGUCACCGAAGGUGUUCGAUCUGGUGUAAGUGAAACAAUAUGCGAAGAGGAUGGCACCUUAAUCACCAAACUUCAACGACGGUUGGAGCGAUGGGCCGAACAUUUUGGCUCGCAGUUUUCUUGGCCCCCAGCUCCAUCUGCUACCUCUGGCGCUCGCACUGGGGCCGAGAAAUCGAGCAGGAGCUCCGGCACAUGA